AUGGAGGGGCUGCGGGCAGCCCGUGCCCUGCUGCUGUGCUGCCUGCUGCUGCCGCACGCCGCGGGGAGCCCACCCAGCCCCGGGGAGGCUCCGGUGGCCGCGGCGCCGCGAGCAGCCCGAACCCACCACGUUCUGCUUUCCGCCCCGCGGGGCAGGGGGCAGCAGGAGCGCGGUGCCGCGGACGGGCCGUCACCAUCACCGCAGUGCGUGCGCUGCUGCGAGCCGCGCUACGAGCCCCCGCGCCAGCCCCUGCCGCACAUCAACGUCACCAUCCUGAAAGGCGAGAAGGGGGACCGCGGCGAGCGAGGCCUGCAGGGCAAGUUUGGCAGGACGGGGGUGGCCGGCAGCAGGGGCCACCCGGGCCCCAAGGGGCAGAAGGGCAGCACGGGUGCGCCGGGCGAGCACUGCAAGAGCCACUACGCGGCCUUCUCGGUGGGCCGCAGGAAGCCCCUGCACAGCAACGACUACUACCAGACGCUCAUCUUCGACACGGAGUUCGUCAACCUCUACGGCCACUUCAACAUGUUCACGGGCAAGUUCUACUGCUACGUGCCCGGCAUCUACUACUUCAGCCUGCACGUGCACACGUGGAACCAGAAGGAGACGUACCUGCACAUCAUGCGCAAUGCGGCCGAGGCCGUGAUCCUGUACGCGCAGGUGGGCGAGCGCAGCGUCAUGCAGAGCCAGAGCGUCCUGCUGGAGCUGCACGAGCGCGACGAGGUCUGGGUGCGUCUCUACAAGGGCGAGCGCGAGAACGCCGUCUUCAGCGACGAGUACGACACCUACGUCACCUUCAGCGGCCACCUCGUCAAGUACAGCGGGGACCCCUGA